UAAAAGAAAUAAAUAUUUAUUAUGAUAAACAUUAUAAUAAUAAAUCUACGUUCCUCUAAUCCUCUAUAAAGUGUUUCCUUCAUAAUUUAAGUUAUACAUUUCGAGCAAAAAAAAAAAAAUGUCUAAAUCGUCCAAACAUUCUAAAAAAUCGAGCUCUUUUGAAGAGGAAACGAAUUUAAUUAAUUUUUCAUUUUGCGACCAUAAGUCCGUCUUCCGGCAUUUGCUGGAAGGCAAUGAUAAAUACUCGGCCUCCAUUGUAGAGGAUGAAACCGACUUUUGGAAAUUUGUAAAUAAAUAUGAAAGUAUGUUACGUAGCGCGGGUCAACCAAUACUUGGGAAACCUUUAUCAGACGCUGAAUUAAGUAAGCCAGAACCAUAUCACAAGCUCAAAUAUAUACCAUUGCAACUGGAACGCGGUAGUGACUCCGAACAACUCAGACGUGGAUGUCACAAUAAUGAUGAACGAAUAUUCACAAAACUGAAAGCACGACAGUUUCGAGAAAUUGUGCUCAUCUAUCUGGAUUUUAAACAAAAGGAAAGAUUUACUAAAAUUAAGAAAUUACGUCUAGCACAAAGAAACCUACCCAUCGCAAAUUUCAAGCAAAAAAUACAAGCUGAGCUCAAAGAAACACGAGUACUGAUUAUAGCUGGCGACACCGGUUGUGGAAAAUCCACACAAGUGCCACAGUAUUUAUAUGAAUUUGGUUAUCGUAGCAUAGCGUGCACGCAACCGCGACGCUUAGCUUGUGUUUCACUGUCCAAACGGGUUGCGCAUGAGAUGCUUGACGAUUAUGGCUCUAAAGUGGGUUUUCAAAUAAGGUUUGAAAAAAAUAAAACCAAAAAUACGAAUAUAGUCUUCAUCACUGAAGGGCUACUGUUAAGACAAUUGGCUGUGGAAGCUAAUUUAGAGCAGUACGAUGUGCUCAUUUUGGAUGAAAUUCACGAACGUAAUCUCUUUGGAGACUUCUUGUUGGGUGUCACCAAAUGCCUGCUACAUGCCAAACCAGAUUUGAAGCUGAUACUUAUGUCUGCAACUAUAAAUGUGGAAUUGUUUCAUAAUUACUUUAAGAAUGAGGGAGCAGCACUAAUUGAGGUGCCAGGCAGAUUAUAUCCGAUUAAAACCAUGUUUAUGCCACCACCAAGCUUGGAACUGAAAGGAGGGACAGGCGGCAGCAAAAUUGCUAAAAGCACGAAUCGCUUAGAUCCCGCACCUUACAUACAAGUGUUAAGCUUGAUUGAUCAAAAAUACCCAACAACUGAACGCGGUGAUGUCCUAAUAUUCGUUAGUGGCGUAAACGAAAUUACAACGGUUUGCGAUGCUGCCAAGGAAUAUGCUGAGCAAAACUCACAUUGGAUCAUAUUACCGCUGCACAGUGGCUUGGCGCUAGCUGAUCAAGAUAAAGUAUUCGACUACGCACCGGAAGGCAUGCGCAAAUGUAUAGUGUCCACAAACAUAGCAGAAACUUCACUCACCGUCGAUGGCGUGCGUUUUGUCAUCGAUUCUGGGAAGGUGAAGGAAAUGAGUUACGAUUCGAGUUGUAAAGGUCAACGCUUGAAAGAGUUUUGGGUAUCAAAAUCCUCAGCCGAGCAACGUAAAGGUCGUGCUGGACGCACAGGACCCGGUACUUGCUUUCGCCUCUUCUCAGAGAAACAGUACGGUACUUUCGAGGCAUAUCCCACGCCAGAAAUAUUCCGUGUGCCUUUGGAAACGAUACUUUUACAAAUGACGGCAAUGGGUUUGCCCAAUGUGCGUUCGUUCCCAUUUAUUGAAUCGCCCGAAGAAGAGUGCAUUGAGCAAGCCAUUUGGUCUCUCAAGCAGCAUAACGCGCUUGCUGUGGAUGAGAAGAUCACAGCACUUGGCAAGUCACUCUCCAAUUUACCGGUUGAGAUUACAAUUGGCAAAAUGUUGCUUAUGGGUUGUGUUUUUCCCGAUGUUGAGAAGAUUUUAACGCUGGCUGCAAUCAUGAGCGUGCAGAAUCCGUUUACAAAUCGCGCCUAUACGGAUCGCAAGUGUGAGCAAGAACGUGAGCAUCUUCAGUCCGAUCAAGGAGAUGUGUUUACCUUACUGUGCGCUUAUCACGAGUGGCUACAAUUGAAAUGGCAUAAUGAGAACACCAGAAAAUGGUGUCAUAAACUUGGCAUUGAGGAACAAAGGUUUUACGAGAUCACCAAAUUGCGCAACCAAUUCCAAAAUAUACUCGAAAGUUGCAACAUGACCUGUAAAAAUGCGGAUGGCGCGCCACUGAGCAGCGCUGAGCGUGCGCGCCGUCAUGGCGAAGUGCGUCAGCUGAAGGCGAUCAAACGCAAACAGAAAUACCAAGAGCCGCGAAAACGUAAAGUUCUCAAACACAGCGGUUACGGUGCCGGCGAUGAUGAGUACGACGACACUGCCGAAGGCGAUGACAUACGUGACGUGGACUUUCGUCUGCAGCACGAUGCCGGCAAAUUGGAGGUGCUCUUAAACUCCGCCAAAGGCGACAAACUGCGCGAUGUCUUGCUGCUCAAGCUAAUCAUAGUCAGCGGCUUCUAUCCGCAAAUUGCGAUUGCUGACGAGUUCAACUACUGCAAAAGUGGCAGUCAACAGUUCUUCCACACAUUUCUAAAGCCCUUCAUAUCCAUACAUCCAAACGCGUAUUUUGCCAAAUAUUUUGAUGUGCUCAAACUGAACGAUAGCGAUAUACUGGACAAGCCGAGCUACUACACGCCAAAGCAGCUGCUCAGUACGCGACAUCAGGUGUUGUGCUAUCAAAAUUUGCUGGAGACCGCAAAACCCUAUUUGAUGAAUUGCAUACGCAUGCCGGCCGCGCAGACGCUACUCCUGUUCUCCUAUUCGGUGGACACCAAUGCGUCCGUCACACGCAUAGUGUGCGAUUCGUGGCUGUGUCUGGAGUUCCCCGUACCAGAGACGGGUUGUGAGCUGCUGUGCCGUGCCAUAAAACUGCGCCGUUUGUGGGCUAAACUUUUGUCACAAAAACUGACCGAUUUAGUCAAUAAUGUGGAGAGCCAAAGUGUAAAGAAUACGAAACACGCCAAAGAAGAAGAGUCCGAACUCUGGGAGUCACUUAUCGACUUCAUAAGCGCAAAUGUCAGUUAUACAAUAAAGCGUUUGCUGCCCGCCGAUUUGAAAUCGCUCUACACACAGCAAAAACUGAGCAAUUUCGAAGCUUUCGACGUCAAUCCGUUUGCUGCCGACUAUGCGGUGAGCCAUAACGAAGAGAAAGGUGGCAUAAACGUGCUGGAAAAUGUGGUCUAUGGUUGCCUACAAGAAGUGCAAUGGACACUGGCAAUGGAGGCGGAAAUGCGGCAACACACGUGGAUUUGCAAGACCUGCGACACAGAGAUGGCGUUGGACACCAUAGAGAAAUUGUUGCACAAAACAACUUGCCACGCCACGAGCUCGUCUGCAACAAUCAAAAGCGAAACCGUUGCAAAAACGCUGCCUAGCACUUCGGGUUCAAGCAAGGGUGGCGUUUACUUCUGCGAGUUCUGCCACAAGGAAUUGCGAAAUAUGAGUAAAAUUGAUAUUUUAAAACACAAAAAAUAUUGCAAUAAAUCCGAUGCGGCGAAAUGAAUUACAAAUAAACAGAAAAACAAGAAAGAGCAUUAA